CAAAUUUGCUUUUGGGUCCAAUAUCGACCAAUCGGGAAUUGGUCUAAUGCGCUUCUGCCCUUUUCCCCCAAAAACUAAAACCCUUGAUCUUUUGAAGCAUGAAAUUCAAUUCUUUGCAUUGGGCAGUUUCUUUGCCUUGAUUUGUAACUAUAAAGAAGGAAUAAAGAGUUCCUUUUCUGCAAAAAAAAUUCUGUCGCCAUGGAUAGCAGUACUGAGGUGUGGAGAUUUGCCGUCUGCUGAAAAGAUAGUAAGAAAACUUAUCCAAGCUCAUAUGGUUUAUCUAUAUCCUUUCGAAAUUCUAGGGUUUUAAUUUCUCCAAUUGGAAUUGUUCAUCGUCAACAUUCAACAUGAUUCUACUCCACAAUUUGAAGACCCUCCGAUUAGUUAAUUCUCUAUUUUCUUGUGCAUUUGCAUCCAAACCUAAAAGAUUUGUUCUUGCUGAUCCAAAACCCUCAAAACUUUGUCUUCCAAAUCAGUUGCUUUGCAGACCCAUCACCUCAGAAAUCUCAGAAACCCACCAGGAUUUCAAAGUCAAUUACCUCAUAAACACAUGUGGGUUGUCCCCAGAAGGUGCAAUUUCAGUAUCCAAAAGGGUGACGCUGGAAUCUCCAAAAAAGGCAGAAUCUGUUUUGGCCCUUUUCAGAAACCAUGGAUUAUCUCAAACCCAGAUAUCAAAGGUCGUUAGGGCACGUCCGAAGAUUCUUUCCGCCGAUCCGGAGAAAACCCUUUUGCCAAAGCUUGAGUUUUUCAGUUCUCUCGGGGUUUCGAGGGUGGACCUUGCAAAAACUCUGGCUUAUAAUCCACAUCUUCUGGUAAUCAGUUUGGCAAACAGGAUUGUGCCCACUUAUGAUUUCCUUAGGAGUAUCCUUUCAGAGAAAAAUGUUGUUGCUCUUUUCAAGCGCUACUCGCGGAUUUUCAUGGAGAGUCAAUUCAAGAAUGUGAUACCAAAUAUUGAGCUUUUGAGAGAAUCAGGUAUGAGGCCACGAGGUAUCUCCUUAGUGCUAACAUAUUGCACUCCCGUUUUGAUGGUGCGUCCAGAACAACUUGGUCAGCUUGUGGCUGAGGUUAAGGAAAUGGGAUUCAAUCUGGAAAAAACGACUUCAGUGAAUGCACUGCGUGCACUGUGUGGUAAGAAUAAGUUGGUAUGGAAUAGAAGUCGCGAAGCUUUGAAAAGUUGGGGUUGGUCUGAUGAUGAUAUUCUCUCUGCGGUCAAGAAGAAUCCGCAGUGUAUGAUUGUGUCUGAGCAGAAGCUAAUGCGAGCAAUGGAUCUUUUAGUGAACAAGAUGGGAUGGUCCUCAGAAAUGAUUGCCAAAUACCCGGUGGUCCUCAGUUUGAGUUUGGAGAGGAGACUUAUCCCGAGGUGUUCGGUAGUUAAAGUUUUGUUGUUGAAAGGUUGGAUUGAUGACAACUUGAAUUUGGGUUCGGUGCUGAAACCUACGGAUAAGCAGUUCUUGGAGAUGUUUGUGAACAGAUAUCUUGGCAAAGUACCUCGAUUGUUGAGUGUGUAUCAAGGAAAGGUGGAUAUCCAGGAUGCAUGAUCAUGGUACGCGGAAUUUUCCUUCAAAACGGCUGUCACUCCUUUAUCCCAUGCUCUGUUACUAAUAGGAACUCCUGACAAAGUGUACGGCUGCUUUGUAAUCAUUUUCUCCUGUUAUUCUUAAUGACGACGCGAUAUCUGCAAUGCUUGUAGAACUGGGAUCUUCAGAGUUCAGGUGGCAAAAAACCCAGUUCUGGUGGGGAUGUAAUGGAUUGUGCUUUGGGAAUUUUAAUAUUUCGGGUGAAUCUAUUUAUAAGGCCUAUGGAGAUUUUCUGAUCUCAAGAGAUUGGAAAGAGACUUCCUACUAACAACAAUUCCCAGUUUACAUUAAAAACUACCCUGAUCCUUUUACCUAAAGCUAUCAACACGGAGAGCGUUGUAACAGCCGGAAAAGGGAUUGCCGGGUAUCUGCGCACGUCUGGAGUCUGGACUGUGUACCUUCUGUAUUUGUACUUAAUUUUAGCUCAGCUAAGGCAGUUGGUUUCUGCAAUAUGUGUGGAACCAACUAUCCAAACAAGUAGCAUGCCAACAAAUAAGCAACAAAGGUAAACGCAUAAGGAGGGAAGCAGUGUAACAGUGUCUAGUAAUUUUUGAUGUAAUACUGUUGAUAAUGUUAUUAAUAAUUAGUUUUGCAGCGGUAUAUUGACUUGCAUUUAUACCUU